AUGUCCGAUGUUUGUCUUACAGGUUCAACAUGGCUCAAGGCCAUAUGUGUAUCCAUCAUGCAAGGUAAUAAAGAGGAAGAAGAAGACCUUUUAGUUAAAGAUAAUCCUCAUUUCCAUGUUCCAACAAUAGAGGCCAUGAAUUAUUAUUUAAAAACUCCAACUCAUGAUCUAUACACCAUGCCCUCUCCAAGAUUAUUUCACACUCAUUUACCUUAUAGAGUUUUGCCAGACUCAAUCAAAAAUUCGGAUAAUUGCAAGAUUAUAUACAUAACAAGAAAUCCUAAAGAUACCAUAAUUUCUAUGUGGCAUUUCUUCAAUAAUCGUAAGCGUUUAGAAGAUCUCUUUUCUUUAGAAGAAGUUGUGGAGUACUUUUGCAAAGGGGUUCAUCUGUAUGGACCAUUUUUUGAACAUGUUCUUGAAUAUUGGGAAGAAAGUAAAAAAAAGCCUCAAAAAAUAUUAUUCUUAAAGUAUGAAGACUUGAAGAUAGACCCUAAGAAAGAGGUGGCAAAAAUAGCCUUGUUUCUUGGAAAGUCUUUUGGUAAUGAAGAGGAUUUGGAGAUAGUUUUGAACAAGUGUAGCUUGGAGAGACUUAAGAAUUUGGAGGUUAAUAAGAGUGGAUCAAUCUUCUCUUAUAUCCACAAUAGUGCAUAUUUCAGAAAAGGAGUUGUUGGGGAUUGGAAGAAUCACAUGACACCUGAAAUGGAAGAGCAACUUGACAAGAUUACCAAGUUGAAGCUUCAAGGGAGUGGCCUUGAACUUUGAUACUUAUAAACAAGAAGUAUUGG